UCCCUUUGUCAGCGGCAGGCUCUGUCCUCUCACCCGUAGGCUCCAGGACGGUGGAAGCUGCAGGGGUCUAGGCAUGUCUCCCCAUGUGACCCCCUUCCUGGCCCUCGCGCUCUGCCUGGGCCAAGUGCUCCACGCACAGAACGGGGUCCUGCCCAAACCCUCCAUCCGCGCCGAGCCGGCCUCUGUGAUCCCCCGGGGGCAGACCGUGACCAUCGUGUGCCAGGGCCCUGCUGGGGUGGACACAUUCCGCCUGGAGAAGGAGGGAAAAGUGCUGUACCCUGAUGUGAAGAGCCUGCAUGGGACUGAGGCGCAAGCCGCAUUCCCCGUCCCCACGAGUGAAGACACCGCAGGGCUCUAUCACUGCCUCUAUUAUAACGGCGCUGACUGGUCUCAGCGCAGUGAGCCACUGCAGCUGGUGGUGACAGAAGACCCACAGACGCCCUGGGAUGACAGUAACAGUUCAGGGCUGUCGACAGAGCAUGUUUCCAUCCUCACUGGGGUCUCUGUGGCCCUACUCCUUUGCGUCUUCCUGGUCCUCAUCGUCCUCUGUUGUCAGCGCCGGAAAAAACACAGGCCCCCUGGCAGCCAAGGUGAGGAGCAGAGGCCCCAGGAGAGGGUCAGCCCAGCUGUUGACAUCCUAGAGAGAACACCAGAUCUGGCCACAGUCGACAGACUUCCUGAGAAGGAUGGGGAAAUGCACACCCCAACGCCUACUGCAGGAGGCCCCCCAGAUGUGACGUAUGCCCAGCUGGACCACCGGAUCCUCACACAGAGGACAGCCCAAGCCGCGUCCCUGCAGCCCACGGAGCCCACGGCGGAGUUCAGCACAUACGCAGCCCUUGCCACACGCUGACUCCCAGCCCACCGGGCCUCUGCCUCUAGACACGCAGGAAGCUGUUCCCACAGACGCGUGAAGUGGCCGUUUGGAGGGCUUCCGAAUGGAAGCAUCGCUUUCUGGAAAGCCACACAGUCUGAUUUCCUGGAGGCAAGAGCUGGAGUCAGGAGACCCCCUAAUCAACAUCUAGGAGAUUCACAAACCACGUGGUCCCUCCUCGAAUCAGUGAGAUCCUCGAGAGAAAGGGUAGCACUUAUUUCCAGAGACCCAGCUGCAGAUUCCUGGCUGUUUCCAGAGACCCAGCUACAGACUCCUGGCUGUUUCCAGAGACCCAGCUACAGACUCCUGGCUAUUUCCAGAGACCCAGCUACAGACUCCUGGCUGUUUCCAGAGACCCAGCUAUAAUCACUUGGCUGUUUCCAGAGACCUGGCUAUGGUCUCCCAGUCACACAGAUGAUUCCAGAUGUGUCCCGUGUAUCCCUCUCUGUCCCCAGAGGCUCUGUUUUAGUUGUCCACUCAGCUGACUCUAAAGACCUUCCAGAGUUGACCCUGAACCUGGACUAAGGCAGCUGACAGCGGAGACCCUGUUUUCUGGAUUAUGCUUCUCUUUGUUCAUCAAUGCAAGUUUUCACAGGCCCACCCUGCAGCAGCCCUGCACGGGGAGCUCGGUCCCAGUCUCUGCUCAAAGCUCAGAGCAGGAAACAAGACAAAGAACGCGUCCGUGUUUUCUGAACUGAGUGUCCCAGGGAGGAACGAGGGCGGCGCUGAGGGGACGUGUGCCUGAGUAAGUGUGCAGAUGACACAGCGAGUAAGUGUGCAGAUGACACAUACGAGGGAGCUGGUGAGGCCGCGACUGCGUAGGGAGGGCCCCCGAGGCUUUCAGUCCACGCGUGUAGGGAGGGCCCCCGAGGCUUUCAGUCCACGCCGCGGAACACAGCAGCAUCCCAUUUCCCAUCCUGAUUCCAGGCUCAUCCACACUGGACGCCAUGCAUUCUCCAAACGCGACAGCACCAUCCCGCUCUGAGACCUUGUCCUUCAUCUGACCUUCACUCCCUCACCCAGCUACGCCCCGCACGUUUGGGCUUGGAUGUCGUUCUUCCGAAGUUGCACCAACUGCUCCCUGCAGACGAACUACCACGCCCUUGGCGGCUUCAGACGACACAGUUUAUUAUCUUACAACUCUGAGUGCCGGAAGUCUGGAGCCGGCUUCUCUGGGCCGAAAACCAAGGGGUCCACAGAGCUGCGUCCCUUCGGGAGGCUCGAGGGGAGAAUCCAUCUGGUGACCUUUUCUAGCAACUAGAGGCUCCUGCAUCCCUUGCUCCGUGGCCCCUUCCUCCGUCCUCAGGGAGCUCCGUGGCCUCUCCACGUCCGGCUCUGGUUAGGGCUCCUGCUUCUGUGACGCCUCCUUCCCCUGCCUCUGACCCUCUUGCCUCCCUCUUAUAAAGACCCUCGUGCUUACACCGGGACCACCGGACAACCCAGGAUCAUCUGCCCUCUCCAAAUCCUUAACUCGCCGACAUCGGUAGAGAACCCGUUUGCCACGUGACGUAAGUAACGUGUAAGGCAGCACGCGCAUGGGUUCGUCUCCCACUAAGUCCGUAAAAAGCUGCAUGUCCGAGGGUCUAAUUUCCGUGCCCCCAGAACGACUCUAUGGAACAGAACCUGCUACACGCCUUGUAUUAGCCACGUUUCGGGUGUCUAUAGACUUGACAUCUGUCCUACGUGCACAUGCUGGACUUGACCUAAGUCACCGCACGGACCUCCAGUUUUCCUCCCUGACCCCCCUCUCCUGAGCGAAAUCCUCUUCCUGGGGGUGCACUUUCCGAACACGCACCGGCUGAUCCAGAGUCCACACCCCCAGCCACCUCCCUUAUGGGGCUCUCAUGCUCUGGGCCACUCUCCACGUGCCCUCAGCACCCCGGGGCCAGGGAACUGACAACAGGGUCAGCUUCUCCACGAGCCCGCUGAAACUGGGGAGUCCAGCCCGUCCUAAGCCUGCCGACCCUGCCUUGCUCAGUCUUCCUGUAGAAACCGCACCGAAAGCUCUUGCCCACAGUCUCCGCUUGCCCCCCUCCCCGGUUGACCGCCCCGGAGCCCUGCGUGGAGCGGUGUGCCCCUCCUCCCGAGGACUGCGACAAACCAUCUUGCAGUUCUGUGGCUUGCAGUACUCAGGCACAGACCCUCACAUCGCCCACGAACACACAGGGUUUUCAAAUCGCCCCGCUGCUGAGCUGGGAUCACGUGCACCUGUGUGCUCGUGCGGGACGUCAGCUUCCAUCACACGCGAGCCCUUAGGCUCCCCUAACCGCACACGUCCUGACGGGGACGGGGUGUGGGCACCCUAGGGGGCUUCCAGAGAGCCCCCUGCCUUGUGGUGUGCAGAAAGCAGAUCGCCGUAUUUCCCUGGGUCCGUCCUCCGUCUUCUGUGUCGCGUCACAUAGUGUCCGAGUUCCACACCUGGGAGGCGCCCUCACACCCCACUCUCCCUGACCCCCCAGGACCGGACCAUGCGGGCGAGCCUCAUGGAUCUGUUAUAUGGACGGGAUCCUCUGCUCCCUUGCUCACGGCUCCUGUCAUUUCCUAAUGCCUCCGCACACAGAUUAGGCUUCCGUCCUCAACUGCCCACCCGAUCGCUUGGCACCACUCCUGAUGGCCGCGGGGUUUGACGACGAGGCAGCCCCACGCUGCCUCCACAGCAAACCCUCAGGAUCUGCACGCCCACGUCCCCACAGCGGGACCAGCUGUGCCACCAGGGGCUGUGCGGCGUCCCGAGCCCACUGGGGCUGGGACGUGCUGUGUCUCUGCCUGGCUUGCGGGGUCAGCAGAGGACCCCACUCAGAUUAAAGUGGAACAUGACCCUGACAACUGCCGGGGGUGUGAGUGGCUCGUUCUGAUUGAUUUUUGUGUCUAUUAUUAUUGUUAUUAUUUGUAUGGAAAAAGUAAGAAACAUGCAUGCCUGCUAUAGGCCUUGUAUUAAAAGUUUAAUCAUAUAUUAAAAGAAUAUUUUUGAAAAAUUCAA